GCCACCUUCGAGGACUACAAGUGCUACCGGCUGCCCUACUGCCAUGCCCAGGCGGGCGUCAAGGACUGCGGCUGGUGCUACGUCGCGGGCCACCCCAACAAGGGUUACGGGAUCCCGUGCAAGAGGGACUACAAGGGAGGACCCUGUAAGCCUGUGAAGCCCUGCGCCGGGAAGUACAUCUGGGAUGACGGCAAGAUGGGCGACUACCCCGACAUGUGCACCAAGCACGCCGUGAGGCCUUACGAUACCUGCCGGGACCUCAAGUACUGCUGGGAUCAGGCGGGCAUCGAGAACUGCGGGUGGUGCUACGUGAAGGGCCACCCCGCCACAGGCUGGUCCCUCCCUUGCUACAGGGGGAAGGACGGCUCCUGCACGCCGGUGGCGUACUGCCCCGGGGAGUACUACUGGAGGGAUGCGGA